CCUGGCCCAAGGAUUCUGAUAAACUGUUCCACGUUUAAGGGUUCCUCGGUAUGUCCUUCGUUUCUCUUGGCGAGGUCCCAUGUUUCCCUGGGAGGACACAAUGAUUUAUAGGGUUCCACCACGAGGACAACACUGGCCCUUCAGCGGAGAGAUAACCCCUGAAUGCGAACGUCGGACCUAUGUAUAAAUAGAGAGUUCGGCCAUGUUCUCUCGUGUUCACCCAGCAAUCUCAGAAAGCGAUCUAACACUUCUCUCGCUCCGAAAAUGAAAAACACUGCCGAUCAAUCGCCCAAGGGCGACAAAGAAGCAGGUAUAAAACAGUGGCUGGAACUGGCAGGGUUAAGUGAACUUGAUGCACGGCAAAAAAACCCUUGACGCUGACAAUAAACAUUCAUUAACUAAUACGUUCCAAAUAUAGGGCCAGAAAUUAUCUAGCGCCCAGUCCCAGGAGUUCGCUAUUCUUCUUUACAACCUGUGCACUUUGAACCAAGUGGUGAUUGA